AUGCCAUCGCCGGUGUCUUCAGUCGACUUCUCCAAUCUACUGAAUCCUCAAUCCUCGGAUUCAGACCCUCUCGCCGCCUCUCGUCAACAGACCACGUCAGCACCGGCUACUCCCUCUGGUCCUCCCUCAACCAACAUGGCCUCUUCCGUGAGUCUACUGCCUCCUCUGAUGAAGGGUGCUCGUCCGGCCACCGAAGAGGUGCGCCAGGACCUCCCUCGGCCUUACAAGUGCCCCCUCUGUGACCGCGCAUUCCACCGUUUGGAGCACCAGACCCGUCAUAUUCGAACGCAUACUGGUGAGAAGCCGCAUGCUUGCCAGUUUCCGGGGUGCACAAAGCGUUUCAGUCGCUCUGAUGAGCUGACUCGCCACUCGAGAAUCCACAACAACCCCAACUCGAGACGCAGCAACAAGGCGCAGCAUCUGGCCGCAGCGGCCGCAGCGGCUGCAGGUGCUCAGGACAACGCCCAUGCCAUCGUGAACAAUGCGGCUGGCUCCAUGAUGCCCCCACCUAGCAAGCCUAUCACCCGCUCCGCUCCCGUCUCUCAGGUCGGUUCGCCCGACGUCUCUCCUCCCCACUCCUACGCCAACUACGCCAGCCACAUGCGUUCGAAUUUGGGUCCUUACCCUCGCAGUAGUGAGCGGGCAUCAUCGGGUAUGGACAUCAACCUCCUGGCCACUGCAGCCUCGCAAGUCGAGCGUGAUGAUCACUUUGGAUUCCACAACCCUCCGCGCAGCCAUCACCAUCAUCAUCACCACCACCCUCUGCUCAGCUCGCGGCACCACGGUAGCAACAGUCGUCUUCCUUCUCUCUCUGCAUAUGCCAUCUCUCAGAGCAUGUCUCGUUCGCAUUCGCAUGAGGAAGAUGACUCCUACUCCCAUCGCAUUAAGCGUUCGAGGCCGAACUCGCCCAACUCCACCGCACCCUCUUCUCCCACCUUCUCCCACGAUUCUCUCUCCCCAACUCCUGACCACACUCCGCUGGCCACUCCGGCCCACUCGCCGCGUUUGAGGCCUUUGGGUUCGAGUGAACUGCAUUUGCCAUCGAUACGUCACUUGUCGAUCCACACGCCGGCCUUGGCACCGAUGGAGCCCCAGGCUGAGGGUCCUCAGUACUACAACCCCGGUCAAGGCAAUGCUGGCCCGAGCAUUUCCGACAUCAUGUCGAGGCCAGAUGGUACGCAGCGGAAGCUUCCAGUACCACAGGUUCCCAAGGUGGCUGUUCAGGACAUGUUGAAUCCUACGAGCGGCUUUCCGUCCAUGUCCUCGUCAACCAACAAUUCGGUCGCUGGAGGUGACCUGGCGGACCGCUUCUAA